AUGUCGGAAGACUCAAGUUGGAUGCUUGAGUUGCAUUGCCGAUUCGGCAAGUGGUUUUUGGUUCUCUUCCUUGUUUUCGAUGUGUUUGUUCUUGCUAUCAAAACGAUCAACUACCACGGCACCUACGAAGUCCUCUCCAUCAUCUGCGAUUGGGUCACACUUAUCUGCUUCAUCGGGAUUAUGCCGAGUGCAAGCUUCCCAUCAGAACUAGCAAAAGUAAAAGCAACAGGGCAGCCUUUCGUUGAUCGCCUCUUUUCUGCUGAUCCUCAAGUCCAGUGGGAGUCUGUCAAUGACAUGAGAAAUCUGACAGCGGGAAAUCGCCGCCAAAAAGCAAAUUUUAUCGUCGUUGGCGCUAUUCCGAGGCUGGUCUAUAUCAUCCAGCAGGAGGACUGUAUGGAUGAGCUCAGACGGGAUUGCAUAACGCUGCUUACUUCUUUAGCAAAAGGCGGCAAUGGAAACGUUACUUCUCUAUGCGACUACGGAGCGUGUGACGCCGUCAUAUCCAUCCUUCUCUCCUCUCAAACUAACAGCGUCGUCCUCGCUGCUGUCCGAUUUCUUCGAACUAUUUUGAUGACUGUCGCACAUCAACAUCACAAGCACAGAAAAACCGUCACUAUUGAAUCGUUUAUCCUCGAUAAAUUCGAAGAUGAAAAACUCAUCUCAAGACUGGUGGAAAUUCUUGAAUUCGGAAACACUUCCCUGAAAAUUUCUUCUCUCGAAAUAAUCGCCAAAGUCGCCUCUUCAAAAAGCAAAUGUCUAGUUAUCGAAUUGGUUGGUAUCAAACUGCUGGAAGUGCUGCUCAAAUUGCUAGAUAGAAACGACGAGCCUCGACUAGUCGCCGCUGGUACCAGAGCUAUGGCAACUCUUUUGGAGCAAUCCAGAGUUGGACGAACUUUUAUUUACGUCUCAUCGGGGACUAACAAGAUCCAAAAUGUUAUGGAAAAGGUUUUGACUAACUAUCGCGUCAAACCAACAAUUACUUACGACGCUAAUGCUCCAGAUUUCGUCCGCGCAAACGCAGCUCAAUGUUUGGUGACAAUACUGUCGAUAGAAUACAGACAGCAAUUGUCGAGAAAUGUGUGCAACGUCCUUUCUGAGCUAUGUGAUCCCGAAAAAGACCCAGAAAUCCGCAUUCAAACCGCUUCAUCCCUUACAAAACUUCUUCGCAAUCGUGUUUAUCUUCAAAAUCAUGCAUUCUAUUCCAAUCGUUUACCUAAGAAAAUCGAGAAAUUCUUCCAAAGACCUCCAGCUGUUGAUUCCAGCGAUGUUCACUCCGUUCAAACAUUUACGAAAGAGCUAAAUUUCUUCCCGAGAUUACGUAGUGCCGCUUUUGAUCUUUUAGCGGUUCUUCUCUCCGAAGAUGAGUCUUUGAGGGACGCCCUACUUGUCCACAGCUGUGGCAGUGAACGUUCCUUGCUCCAUGUGAAUUGGCUUAUGAGCAGGCUUUCCGAGGGGCUAAACGAGCAUCAAGAUCCAGCUAAUCCCGAAUCGCGCGCUCUUUUAAUAAGUUCUCUUCGUUGUCUCCGAUCAAUCUCAAGGUCGAAUCGACAUCUCAGAACAAGUCUUGUCGAUGGUGAUAUUUAUCAGAUUAUUGUGAAACUGUACGAGGAAAGUAGAAAUGACGAGGAAAUUCUGUCGCAAAUUAUUCCUGUUGUUGGAAACUUUCUCGUGGACUUUUGUCCCUACAAAGAUGAUUUUGUCGGGCUCGUUACUGACGACUUCGUUGAGAACAUAAAAACCGGAAAUAAAUUUAUCGAUCAUACUCUAUCAGCGCUGAUAAAUAUGACUUACUCUGGCACACUAUCAAAUCGGUACAAAGACGAAGUUUCCAGUUCUAUUUCGCAUGAGGAGUUUCUCGAAUUGGUGCAAAAGUACUCGUCGAAUGAGUCGGUUAUUGAAAAACUUGGUACUCUUCUGAGGAAUCUAAUUCACGAUAACGUCAUUUAUGUGAAGUCCGAUUCUCAAGACUGUUUGAUGGAGAUAUUCAGACAGAUGUUGAUAAAUCUCCCUAUCACGGAAGUUGCUGUUGUUCAAUUUCUUCACGCUGUCAUCAAUUUUUCCGAUCAUUGUGAAGGAGUAUCAAAGCUCUGCAAAGAUCCAGAUCUUCUGACGUAUCUGAUAGAUCUCAUGACGACCGGAACUGAAAUCGUCAAAACACAGAUCGUUGUUCUUGUGAACAAUCUUCUCAGAAAUUCCGACGAAGCGUUUCCAUUUCGCCAGCGCCUCCUUGUUGACCUCGGCGUUCUAAAGGCUGUUGAUCUCUUGAAAAACUCCUCCAACCACAAAAUAAAUGAUGCUGUUAAAAAGAUCUACUCGCGCUUAGAUGAAGUCUAA